AUGGGAAUUCAAGAAAAGGGACUGGGAACACGAAAAGAGCGUAAAUUGGCGGUUGUGCCCCGUGAAAGAAGCCAUGUUAGGUAUGCUUCGCAGAGGACACGUUCUAAAAACUACAAGAAUAUCUCCAAAGAAAGGGCUCAACAACACGCGUUUGGAUUCAAUAUUGCUAAGAUUAUUGCAAAGAUCCAAGCAUUUGUAUGGAGAUCUCCCGCCGAGGAGAAAGAAGAAAGUAAUAUCCCAUUGUCUAAAGCUUCUCAGGAUUGUGUGCCUUUGCAAUGGCAAGCAAAAUUUGCGCAGUUACAGCAGCAACUGCACUCUACACAAAAGGAACUACAAUUUGUUAAGGAGAAGUGUCACCUAUUGCAGUCAGUGCUGGACGACGCAAACAUCGAUCAAAGAUACCUGGAAUCUCGUCGGGACAUGAAAAAUAUUGAACGAGACAAUCUCAAACCCACAGAAAAUUUACCGCCUUCACCAGUAAGAGCAGUAAACCCAUUAGUCACUUCAAGUCCAAUCCAUAUGUCGCCACUCCAGUCGCGCCAACGACCACUCUCUUCCCUACAGCCCCCCAAGGGCCCCAACUUCUACGCCAAGUAUCCGAAGCUUCCUCAGACGAACAUUCUCAGAGAAUCUCCAACUGAGGAUUCACUCUCUCACGCUGAAUAG